AUUUUCCACCUUUGUAGGAGAAUAUUCUUUUCCCUGAUGCCAGCCAGGUCCCUGUAGUAAUUGGGGCGAGCCUCAUUCCAGGGGGAACAUUCUGGAUGGGUGAACUUUGUCUUGCUGCUCUUAUGCCCUUCUCUCUGCACCCUUUGCCUCUCCUUGGUGGAGAAUGUGGAAACAAAGUGGGGCCAGAGCACACAGCUGUCAGAACUGCACCCUCUUACACUCAGGCCUCUUGGGAGGAAGGGGUUUGGGAACGGGGAAUGUGUCCCUGAAACAUUCCAUUUUCUUGGCAAAGGCAGGGGGUGACCUUCCAGGUCAGGGUGUUGACAGAGCAAAAAGUUCAGAAACAUCCUAGUGGAGUGACCCUUGACCUUUUACUUCCUUGAAAAACUUAUUUCUGAAUAUCCUCUUACAGGGCAGCACCUUAAUUAGAGUGAGUGAGAUCAGAGAGAACUUCUCUCUUUUCUCCUCUAUUUCUCUCCACAGACCUGUUAUAAUUGUGAAUCAAGUCACUGUUCCCCCGGUCCUGCAGUGGGUGUGAAGGCUUCCUGAGUCUUGAGGCCUCUCUCUGCUUGGAAUGGGGCAUGGCUUUCAGAACACCAAGGUGACCACUGAAAGCAAAGUGAGCCCGCUCAGCCUUUAUCACUGGCGGGAAUGCAUAUCUGUCCACGUGGGUCAAGCUGGAGUUCAGAUUGGCAAUGCUUGUUGGGAGCUCUUUUGCCUGGAGCAUGGCAUCCAGGCAGAUGGCACCUUUGGUGCUCAGGCCAGCAAGAUCAACGACGAUGACUCCUUCACCACAUUUUUCAGUGAGACUGGCAAUGGGAAACACGUGCCCCGGGCUGUCAUGGUGGACCUGGAACCUACUGUAGUAGAUGAGGUUCGGGCAGGAACCUACCGCCAGCUCUUCCACCCAGAGCAGCUGAUCACAGGAAAGGAGGAUGCAGCUAAUAACUAUGCCCGGGGUCACUACACAGUGGGCAAGGAGAGCAUCGAUUUAGUAUUGGACCGCAUACGGAAGCUGACAGAUGCUUGCUCUGGCUUGCAGGGCUUCCUGAUCUUCCACAGUUUUGGUGGAGGCACUGGCUCUGGCUUCACUUCUCUGCUGAUGGAACGCCUCUCCCUUGAUUAUGGCAAGAAGUCCAAGCUAGAGUUUGCUAUCUACCCAGCACCCCAGGUCUCCACUGCAGUUGUUGAGCCCUACAACUCCAUCCUGACAACCCACACCACACUGGAACACUCAGAUUGUGCUUUCAUGGUAGAUAAUGAAGCCAUCUAUGACAUCUGCCGCAGGAACCUAGACAUUGAGCGCCCCACCUAUACCAACCUCAACCGCCUCAUCAGCCAGAUUGUGUCCUCAAUCACAGCCUCUCUCCGCUUUGAUGGGGCCCUCAAUGUGGACCUCACUGAGUUCCAGACCAACCUGGUGCCCUAUCCCCGCAUUCACUUCCCCCUAGUCACCUAUGCUCCCAUCAUCUCUGCUGAGAAAGCCUACCAUGAACAGCUCUCUGUUGCUGAGAUAACCAGCUCCUGCUUUGAGCCCAACAGCCAGAUGGUGAAGUGUGACCCAAGGCAUGGAAAGUACAUGGCCUGCUGCAUGCUGUACCGGGGAGAUGUGGUGCCCAAGGAUGUGAAUGUUGCUAUUGCCGCCAUCAAGACCAAGAGGACUAUCCAGUUUGUCGACUGGUGUCCCACAGGCUUCAAGCCCUCUCUUUUUCUUUUCCAGACUUUAAAUCCUCCAGCCCUUGCUUUGGAAUUUGCUUGUACCAAUACCAUUUACUUUUCUCUCUAGUGCCCACUUCUUUCUACCUGCUCACUCUCCCAACUUCUGGGUUCCUUCUUCUCACAUUCCACCCUGCAGUCUGCUCUCCACACACAGGACCCUGACUCACUAACAUACCUUGUUACAAGACAUGCCCUAUGAGUUAUCUUUUGGCUGACUUGCAUAUUCUGCUGUUGCUCUUCCUCAUUUGUUCCCCAGGUGGGCAUCAAUUACCAGCCACCCACCGUGGUGCCAGGAGGGGAUCUGGCCAAAGUCCAGCGGGCUGUCUGCAUGCUGAGCAACACCACAGCAA